AUGGAAGACUUAAAGGACGUAUAUCUAACUCCCUUACCAGAGUCUCAAUAUGUUAAGCCAUUUCGGUUACAUUAUACUCAAAAUGGAAAGCAAAAGAAUUGGGACUUGCUUGAAGUACAUGAUAGUGUAGCUGUUAUUGUAUUUAAUGUUACAAGAAAGGUUAUGAUUUUUGUUAAACAAUUUCGGCCUGCAAUUUAUUAUAACAAUGUACAUCCAAAAGACAGACAAUCUGAUCAAAUAGAUACUAAUAAAUAUCCAGCUUCUUUGGGAAUAGCACUAGAGAUGUGUGCUGGUAUCAUUGAUAAGAAUAAAAGUGUAGAAGAGAUAGCACAAGAAGAAGUUCUUGAAGAAUGUGGCUAUAAUGUUCCUCUGAAGAAAUUGCAAAGAAUCACUUCAUAUAGGUCAGGAGUUGGUGUCCAGGGUGCCUUACAAACAUUCUUUUAUUGUGAAGUUACUGAUGAAAUGAAAACAGAACAAGGAGGUGGUGUUGAUGAUGAAAUCAUAGAAGUUGUGGAAAAAACAAUACCAGAAAUAGAGGCUUUAGUGACUUCACCAGGCCCCAUUAGCAGUCCUCCAAGUUGUCUAUUUGCUUUGAUGUGGUUCUUACAUUACAAAGCUGAUCAGUUUAGGAAGAGCUAUGGCCUGUAUUGUUCAGAUUGCAAAAAAGUAUAA